GGCGCUUUCCUCAGCUCGCUUUCCGGCGGAUUCGCGGACUCUGAGGCCGCCAAGUUAGCUCUGUAGUGUGUGAAGCUCCCUACAACAACCCCGGUUCCUAACCCUAGCUGCAGCUCUUAUCUGUUCAGAGAGCAGUACUAGGGAGGCUCCAAACUGACCUACAAGGUGACCUUAGUCUAGUCCUCUGCUCUUCUGUCGGAGAUCCCUCUCUUCUGAGCGGUGGAGGACACCGGCUGGCCUGGGGCAGGAGAGCUCCGGGCUCCGGGGGCGGGUCCGGAGCCGGAGGAGAUGCCCCUCCACGUGAAGUGGCCGUUCCCCGCAGUGCCCCGGCUCACCUGGACCCUAACCAGCAGUGUCGUCAUGGGCCUGGUGGGCACCUACAGCUGUUUCUGGACCAAGUACAUGAACCACCUCACCGUGCACAACAAGGAAGUGCUAUAUGAUCUUAUUGAGAACCGAGACCCUGACACUCCCCUCAUCACCGUCUCCAACCAUCAGUCCUGCAUGGAUGACCCUCAUCUCUGGGGGAUCCUGAAACUCCGCCACAUCUGGAACCUGAAGUUGAUGCGCUGGACCCCAGCAGCUGCAGACAUCUGCUUCACCAAGGAGCUGCACUCCCAUUUCUUCAGCUUGGGCAAAUGUGUGCCUGUGUGUCGAGGAGAUGGUGUUUAUCAGAAAGGAAUGGACUUCAUUUUGGAGAAGCUCAACCAUGGGGACUGGGUACACAUCUUCCCAGAAGGGAAAGUAAACAUGAGUUCCGAAUUUCUGCGCUUUAAGUGGGUAGGAAUUGGACGGCUGAUUGCUGAGUGUCGUCUAAACCCCAUUAUCCUGCCACUAUGGCAUGUUGGAAUGAAUGAUGUCCUCCCUAACAGCCCACCUUACUUGCCUCGAUUUGGACAGAAAAUCACCGUGUUGAUCGGGAAACCCUUCAGUGCACUCCCUGUGCUUGAACGGCUCCAGGCAGAGAACAAGUCGGCUGUGGAGAUGAGAAAAGCCCUCACAGACUUCAUUCAAGAGGAAUUCCAGGGGCUGAAGAUGCAGGCAGAACAUCUCCACAACCACCUCCAGCCCGGAAGAUAGGCUUUGCCUGCCCAGUCUGUGCCAUGCAGUCCUUAGUCACGGGAGCACUAGGCCCUUCAGGGUUUGGGAAGUGGUGGUAGAGGCCCCUGCCCAAGCCUGCUUGGCUCUGUACUGCCUUUGAGAUUCUUCCUUGAAUAGAACUGAUGCUGGGAAAUGGACUGAUGCCUUUAACUCAGAUAGAUUGGCUCAUAAUCCCUGCUGGAUACCCUUUCUUAUCCUUGAGCAUCUGACUCCUCUGUGUCUCUUAGGCUAAAAGAAGAACCUUGGCUGAGAAGGGAGGAACACUUAGGCAGUGGCCUCCUUCUUACCUCUCUCAGGGGGUAGCGUUGGGAAGGAGCAAAGCAGGCAGUUGAGUAACUAGUUUGGUAGGAGAAUAGGUGUCCUCGCCAUAGGUGAAGAAAGAAGACUCAAAUGGCCCCUUGGAUGUGUUACCACUUGCCUACCUUUGUCCAGGAGCUGCUCAUUCUUCUACCUGAGCUUCUGCUACAAGGAUUGUCCUAGACAAGAAGAGAAGGUCUUGGCCAAGAUUCAAUCACAGCUAAACUUAACUAGAUGUUUCUGCUAGAUGGCAGAAAAAGGGCCUCUGAGAUCUAACCAUGGAAUUUCAAUGUCAGGGCCUACCCACUUCUCUAAUCUUUUUUGCCUUGAUAUCCCCUGUAUCCUGGGAUCUGAGUUUUAAUGUUUUUAGAGUAAUAAAACAUUUGUGUUGUGUCA